AUGAGGCUCUAUAUUGUUUUGUAUGUGCAAGCCAUAUUAAAAGUUUGUUAUGCUUUUCUAGGAGACUAUUACCAGGACACCAAAUGUCAAAAUUUGAAUGGACAGCAGGCAGACUAUAAAUCAGUUGUAAAGGGGCAAGUGCAAAACUUAUUUGUUCUAAAAAAUAUAAAGCAAGAGCCGGAGGAUGAUGAACUCCACCUCCAUACUACCUAA